UCAUUUUUUUGAAUUAUGUCAGUGAAUAAUUGAACAUCUCAUUCAAAUAUUAUCAAAUAGAGUAAAAACCAUUUUAAUAUGAAAAAAUUUAGAGAGGUUUUAGGAGAUGCCAAAGUUUUUUAUAGAAUUUAUCCUUCUGAAAAUCCGGACUGGCAAAAUUUCCGACUAUUAACAGAUGAAAAAACAAUUCUGUUACAUCAUGUUGGUCCGAAAAUCAAGGAAGGAGCUGAAGAAGGAAUAUUCAAGCAAUUUGAAACUGAUGGAUUCUUUUAUAAUAGGCAUCAAGAACAUAUUCACUCUAUUGUUAUGAAUGGAGUCAUUGAAAGUGUUUUUGAAGGUCAAAAUGCAAUAAUCGCAGCCUUUGGACAAACAGGAAGUGGUAAAAGUUUGACAAUUAAUGGAUUGCACUGCUUUUAUCAGGACAGAGGCUUAGUACCAAGAAUAAUCGAAAAUAUAUUUAUCAUGAAAGAAAAACUUCCGAAAAAUCUUGAAAUGACCAUUCACAUUUCAUACAUUGAAAUACUCUCAUCUUUUCAAUCUCGGGAUCUUCUGAGACCAUAUCCCGCUCCAGUAGAUAAAAACAAUGUCCAUAAGUUUGUGUGUAAAUUAGAAGUCAGAAGCGAAUUGCAAACCCUUCAACAUAUUUUCAUGGCCGAAGGAAGGAAAGAAUAUACCCCCGAUACAAAUCACCCUUCUCAUACUGGUAGUUCUGUACUUACUUUUGAGUUUACGAUAAGGAAUAUGAAUUUUAGCGAACCUUAUGAAUUCAAAUCGAAGUUGCAUGUCAUAGAUUUAGCAGGAAAUGAUAGUUUUGGAGAUAAAUCCAGUACAUAUAAAAACUACUUGCAAGUCGGAAGUGCAAACUGUACAAAAAGUUUUAUGGAGCAUUUCAUUUUGCUCUCAUGUAGUAACGACCCUGAGCUAGCUCGUGUGAAAAAGAGAACUAACAUUCUUUUACAAUAUUUAGGUGAUACUUUCAACAGAAGCAGUUUAUUGAGGUUUAUUGGUCAUUUAAAGACGUCAAAAGAAGAUCACGAUAUCUCCAUCUCAUUAUUGAAAUUUGGGCAAAUAUUCACAUCAAUGAAACCGGAAUUUGGUACGAUAAUUCUAAAAGAAAACGAUUUGAUGAAAAUAGCACUAUUGGAGGAACAACUGGCGAAUCUACACAAGGAGAAUAUGAUAACUCAAAUGCUUCAAAAUCAAGAACCAAAAGGAUUGUGUCCUGAAAGAUUUGCUCAUAUCAAAAGGAUGAUUGAAGAUUUUGUACAUAACCGAAUUGAAGGGUCUCAUCUACUGAAACUGGGGGAUAUCUACACUAUCUUGAAAAUAAUGAAGGAGAAUAUUAUGAUAUAUGAGGAGAAUAUGAUGCUCUUCAAGGGUGAAUCUUUGGAUAAAACAGAAUCAAAACUAGAUAGACUGGAGACGAGGUCAAGUAUUCAUCAGCCAUCUAUAAAAGUAAGGUCUAAGCAAUCGUCUAAAACGUCGGAUCUUGGAAUAACCCCGUCCAAUAUAUCCCAACAAACUAGUGUAAAAGAUUCUACCAAAGGCCUGAUGAAGAAAUCAUCAUCUCACACCAAAUCUAAAAAAGACUCAUCAGAAGACAAAGUGGCUAUCAACAGAAAGGGAAAAAUAAGUACCAGUAGCUUGAAUGGCAUUAAGCGUUCUUCAACCGUGGGCAAGAAAAAAGGUGGAGGAUAUGCAGAUUCCGUAGGCUCAACAGAAAAAACUUCUAAAAAGGGAGUUGGCGAAUAUCAACAAAAUAGUUCUUUGCUCAGCGCAGCGAAUUUGAUUCUGCCAGAAGUUAUUCCUGAACACAUGGAGGUGCUCAAAGAAUACGUUCUUUCUCCCAAAACCGCCUACAAAACUCUACUAGAUACAUUCAAAAAAUAUGAGAACGAAGCUAAAAACGUGUACCAAAGUUAUCUGAAGGAACUGAAAAAAUUAGACUCUUAUUUCGAAAUAUUAGAUCUCAGAAAAAAUGAAGUGGUACAGACGAAAUUAGUGGCGCAGUUCUCUAGAAAACGGGAAAGAGAUGCCGAAGGCAAUGUUAUAAAAUCUGAACUGGAGGAAAGAUGCCAUGAAAACCUCAAGAAAGCCGAAGCAGAUGUUUCAACUCAGCAAGAAGUAGUUUUGAAUUUACAAGCAGAGUUUAAGAUCGCUUUGUCAAUGAGGCAACAAAUCAAAAAUGACGUAAAGGAAGAAUUUGACGAAUUCUGCAAAGAAAAGUAUUCUGCUUCAGUUCCAAAUUUGGAUGAAUUGAAUGAUUUCGUUGUAGAAAAUGAAGUCAGUGUCGACCAAUUUUGCGAGCACGCCGAAAUCGAAAAUGUUUCAGAAGAACUCACUCAAGAAAAUGUAUAUGAAGAAAUAUAUAAAAAUUUGAAGAAAUUAAUGACCCUCGAAGCAAGAAAGAAGGCUCUCUAUGCAAAAAAGACUAUCAAAUGGUUGGAAAACACCCGUUCUACGUGCAUAUAAUUUUUUUUUCGAAAUAUAUCAUUUUAAUUUUAUUUAAUACAUAUAAUGCAACAAAUUAUGAUGACAAAUAAAUCGAAAAAACAAAGUUAAA